AUGAGAGCCUUUUUGCCGCAUAUGAUGGACCGAAAUCAUGGGCAAAUCGUCGCUAUCGGAUCGAUUUGUAGUCAUUAUGGAGAUUAUCUUGGAACUGCCUAUUGCACAGCUAAAUUUGCAAUCCGCGGAUUAAUGGAAACGCUUCAAAUGGAACUUUAUGAAGAGAAGAAAAACGGGAUAGUAUUGACAACCAUUUAUCCGUAUUUCGUUGAUACAGCACUUAUUUCAAACAAUAUGACAGAACCGUUCAGCACAUUUUACGAUGUCAUACCAUUGGAUAAAUGCGUUGAAGAAAUUUUGGAUGCAAUUCUAAAGGAACGGAUGUAUUAUUUUAUUCCACAAUCUCUAGCAUUCUUGUGUAAUGCUGCAAAAUGGUUUGUUAAAUCUUCAAAAGAUAGUAAUAGGUCAAACGGAGAAAGAAGCGAAAGGGGAUCUUAG